AUGUACUGUUUGUGGAAAUGCGCCCUGAACCCAUUGCUGUCCGUGGCGUUGGUGCUGGCUGUGUGUCUGUGCCUGUACUUUUCCAGCCUUGAGACAAUACUAGUUGUGUGCUUUACACUCGGGCUUUGCUACUACGGUGUGAACCCGCGCGCACAGACGAACUCCAAACUCUGGCGGCGCCUGGCGCAAGGCCGCUCACAGGCCGUGCGACUCGCCGAAACAGGACUCAUCGCCGGCACACAGCCAGUGGUAAUAGUCUCCUUCACGGAGUGCCAUACCAGCUGGUUCGACCACGCCCUGCUGUACGCGCAGUCUGACUUUAGGCGCUUCGGUGCCUGGGCGUGUUUUUGUCUCGUGCACCCCCUCACAUCGUCGUUUCGCUUGCCUCUGACACGCCUGGCGCUGUGGAAGAUGGGUGGUGUACUGGAGUACCGCCGAGGUGUGCUGAUAGACAUGAUGACCCGCAGGAACCUCGGCGUUGCUGUCAUUCUCCACGGCUCACUACGAGACUGCGACGCUGGUCGCAGUACUGUGCGGCUGCAGAACAAAGGGAUGUUCGGCGCCUUUCUGCGCGCCAAUGCUUUGAUCAUCCCCGCCAUCUCGACGAGCGAUGGCCGCGUGAUAUUUGGCUCGGCACUUUCCCCUCCCUGCAGCGGCGAGGUCCCGACACCAGUGGAGGUGCGGAACGCUGUGCGGCAGUUCUCUGAGGAGCUGCAGAGGCUGCACGUGAAGGUAUUCGGGUCGACGCUAGUCGUGGAUGACUAG